UGGGCACAUCUAUUCUCCAGUACGAUCGAAUCCGACCUCGCCCGGCCUCGACCUAACAACCGGUGCCCAAACAGUACACGUCGUACACACCGCGUACUACACAGCCAUAUCGUUGUAUAUUAUUCUCGUCCGUUUCCCCCCCGUGUCCGUCCCGACCGGCUCGUCACGCGUUCCGAACAGUCAGCGGUCGUGACCACGACCGUGGUCAGUGUCAGCCGCGAGACCACAUGGGAAACACCGAGAGCAAUGUGGCCAGUGGCGUCAAGAAGCAGGUGGACACGUCAUCAUUGCAGAUUUACAAUCUGGUCGACCUGAAAGGUUGUGGUCUUCUAGUGGACCUGAUGAAAAAAGCCGUACAGACGAAAAACUUCACGGAGUUGGAUAUUGCGAUCAAAACGCAAGUGGAACCGAUGUUGUACAAUAAGGGUGAAGGCAGGAUGAUACCUAUCGCCAAACUCGUGUUGCUGAGAAAUCGCGAUCGGUCCAGAGCGAAAUGGCUUCCGCCACUAAAGAACAUGGAGGAUCCCAAUGAAUAUGACAUCGAAAAAGACAUUCCCACCAUCGAAGAAUUGGAAAAGCUGGGAGAAGUGCAAUACCGAGAAGUGUGUUGGGAUCUGAAGGAACGGGGUACCGUGGGUGAGACGGCAUUACAUUUGUGUUUGCUUAACGCCACGUCGAUACACGCGGACUUGGCCAAAAGGCUAUUACAUUUCUAUCCAAAACUCGUCAACGAUAUUUACAUGAUCGACGAGUAUUACGGAGAGAGCGUUUUGCACAUGGCCAUCGUCAACGAAGACCCAGCUAUGGUAAAAGUUCUGAUGGACAGUGGGGCCAAUCUAAAUGAACGAUGUUUCGGCAAUUUCAUGAGCACCGAGGACCAAAAAGCUUCCAGAUCGGAUUCACUAGACCACGAAUGGGUGAACCUGUGUCCCGAUACCAACUACGAGGGAUACGUUUACUGGGGCGAAUAUCCACUGUCGUUUGCAGCGUGCCUUGGCCAGGAGGAGAGCUAUCGUUUGAUGUUGGCCAGAGGUGCGGACCCCAAUAACCAGGAUACCAACGGCAACACAGUGCUGCAUAUGCUGGUGAUUUACGAAAAAAUACCAACGUUCGACAUGGCCUACGAGAUCGGGGCGGAGCUGAACAUCCGUAACGUGCAAAAUCUGACGCCUCUCACGCUGGCCGCGAAACUGGCUCGGAUCCAAAUGUUCUUCCACAUACUCAAAAUCGAACGGGAAAUCUAUUGGCAAAUCGGCAGUAUUACUUGUGCCGCAUAUCCUCUGACCCAAAUCGAUACCAUUGACAACGACACCGGGCAGAUCAGCAGAAACUCCGCACUUAACUUGGUCGUGUUUGGCGAAAGCCCGGAGCACUUGGAAAUGAUGGACGGUGUGUUGGUGGAUCUGUUAAAUGCCAAAUGGAACGCGUUCGUGAAAUUUCGUUUCUACAGGCAGUUCAUCCUGUUCGCGUUCUACUUUUCCAUAUCCAUGGUGUGCUUUGUGCUGCGUCCCGGACCGCCUCCCACCGGUCUUAAGCCACCGCUGAUCAACUACACAUCCACGUCAACCACGGUGGCCACCACGCCACUGGACUUCAUGGACAACGAGUCGCUGUUACCAGACAACGUGGUCUACGAUGAGAUGAUGAUCGCGGGUGGUGGCCCGGUCGAACUGGAGCCGUUGCAGCCCGCGGUCACCGAGGAAAUGAUGGUGAUGCCGACGGAAGAUCCGUACAACGGUACCGGCGGCGCUAUCACGCCACUGAUUUACGAAGACGGUAACGGCGGCACCGUGAACCUGCACGGGAAGAGCUCAAGUUCAGACAGGGGCAAACACAGGAACACUUGGAACCAAGCUAACCGUACGGUCAGAACCAACUACACGUUCAAUUACAACAAGUCGAGAAAAUUUUGGUGGAACAAGAGACAAAAGGUUUGCAGACUCAUGGCUGUGCAUUCGACAGACGACUUGAUUAGAAUGGGCUCGGAAGUGGCCAUGUUUAUGGGUGCAUUUUUGUAUUUACUGGCCGCCGUCAGAGAAGCUGGUUUUUUGGGAUUGCAGAUGUUCAUUGAAAACUUGGCCAUAGCACCAGCAAGAGUGAUGUUUCUGUUCUCUUGUCUGCUCAUGAUGACCAUACCGCCGCUGAGGCUGACGUGCUACGACAAAGCCGAGGACUGUAUAGCCGUAAUCAUCAUGUUGACUACUUGUCCGUACUUUUUGUUCUUCUGCAGGGGUUUCAAGACCGUAGGGCCGUUCGUGGUCAUGAUAUACAGAAUGGUAAUGGGAGACUUGCUGAGGUUCGUGUCUAUAUACAUGGUGUUCGUGAUGGGAUUCUCGCAAGCUUAUUACGUGAUUUUUCUGUCGUAUGACAACCCGUUGACACCCGAGGGCAUCGACGACUCAGUGCUGAACCCGAUGCCCACACCGACCGAGUCCGUCAUGGCGAUGUUCCUCAUGUCCGUCAACACCUUCACCGAUUACUACACGGCGUUCGACAAGACCAGUCACACGUUGGUUGCAAAGUUCUGCUUCAUAGUUUUCAUGGUGAUCGUGGCCAUACUGCUGGUGAACAUGUUGAUCGCCAUGAUGGGCAACACUUACCAGAAGAUCGCGGAAACCCGAAACGAGUGGCAGAGACAAUGGGCUCGAAUCGUUUUGGUGGUGGAGAGAGGCGUAAGUCCGGCUCAAAGGCUGAUAAAGCUCAUGUACUAUUCGCAACCGAUGUCGGAUGGCCGCAGAGCUCUGGUGUUGCGACUCAAUCAGACGGUAAGACAAAAUUUAAUAUAAAUUAGAAAUAAUCAAUAGUUCAAUUAAAUUAAAAAAAAAA